UUUCGCGUUUAGAUUCUCUCUUUUCCUUGCCUCUCUCGUCGCCGACCUAAGUUUCUUCUCCGUCGUCUCGUUCAAUAAUGGCCGUCACUUUCUCCGAUCUUCACACUGAAGGUGGGCUUAAGUCCCUUGACGAGUUCCUCUCUGGAAAGACUUUCAUUUCCGGUGAUGAGAUCACGAAAGAUGACGUGAAGGUUUUCGCCGCUGUUUUGGGGAAACCCGGCGAUGCUUUCCCCAAUGCGGGCAAGUGGUACGAGGCUGUCGAAUCGAAACUCGCUAAAAGCUUUCCGGGGAAAGCGGUCGGUGUGAGAUUCGGCGGUGAGGCUGCCCCUGCUGAAGCUGCUCCCGCUGCUGAGGCUAAGGCCCCAGUUGGGGAUGACGAUGAUGACUUGGAUCUUUUUGGUGAUGAGACAGAGGAGGAGAAGAAGGCAGCUGAAGAAAGGGAGACAGCCAAGAAGGAUACGAAGAAGAGCAAGGAGAGUGGAAAAUCCUCUGUGCUCAUGGAUGUGAAGCCAUGGGAUGAUGAAACCGAUAUGAAGAAGCUCGAAGAGGCUGUUCGUAGUGUGGAGAUGCCGGGUCUCUUGUGGGGAGCCUCCAAAUUAGUUCCGGUAGGCUACGGGAUUAAGAAGUUGCAGAUCAUGAUCACGAUCGUGGACGACUUGGUAUCGGUGGACGAACUCAUAGAGGACUAUCUUACCGCUGAGCCCUGCAACGAGCACGUCCAGAGUGUGGACAUUGUCGCGUUCAACAAGAUCUAAGCCCAACAAGUCAAAGCUACUACUACAUGAUCUAAAGCUUCUGUCAAGUUUUGGUUUUGUCUUUCAUUUAUGUGUUCCUUAUGUUCGCCCCUUCGUUAUUGAACCUUGUGAAAAAGAAGAAAAAAACGUUAGUUAUAUUUCUGUCGCCUACUCUUACCUUCUAGAGUUGAGAAAGUAUGGAUUUUUUUCGAGCU